CAAGGCUGGCUGUAUCGCCGGGUCCAGGAGGGCUCAGAUUUGAGGGCGCGGAUCAUCGAGCGCAGGUGAGACGGUCCUGUGUGCGGCGUGCGCAGGUGUGGCAGGGAUCUCGCGCAGGUGAGGACUCUGUUCGGUGGGUCAGGAAGAACCAAGUGGGCCUUUUGGGUCCUAAGAGUCCAGCGAUUUGGAGGGACCCUCGUUCUGCUGUGGGCCUGUCUGACCGACCCUGGAGGCGGGCCCUGGUUCGUGGGCCCGGGGCGACCUUCCGGCUGUGAGGAAGUCAAAACAACAGGGCCCUAUGGCUGCGAAACCCCAGCCUGGUGCUCCCAAGUCCAGGAGUCUGGGCGGCGCUGCCCAUGGUGGGGACACCACCCGCGGACAGUGGGGCCGUGCCUGGGAGGUGGACUGGUUCUCCUUGGCGAGCGUGCUGUUCCUGCUGCUCUUCGCCCCCUUCAUCGUCUAUUUCUUCAUCAUGGCGUGUGACCAGUACAGCUGCUCGCUCACGGCCCCCCUGCAGGAUCUCGCCGUAGGCCGCGUGCGGCUCUCCGACAUCUGGGCCAAGACGCCGUCUUUGACGAAGGAAGCGGCCCAGAUCUACGCCCUGUGGGUCGCCUUCCAGGUGCUCCUGUACGUGGCGUUCCCUGACUUCUGCCACAAGUUCCUGCCUGGCUACGUGGGAGGCGUCCAGGAGGGCGCCGUGACUCCUGCAGGGGUCGUCAACAAGUACCAGGUCAACGGCCUGCAGGCGUGGCUCAUCACGCACCUGCUCUGGGUCGCCAACUCCCACCUCCUGGCCUGGUUCCCUCCCACCAUCAUCUUCGACAACUGGAUCCCGCUGCUGUGGUGUGCCAACAUUCUGGGCUACGCCGUGUCCACCUUCGCGAUGGUCAAGGGCUACCUCUUCCCCACCAGUGUCAGAGACCGCAAAUUCACAGGCAACUUCUUUUACAACUACAUGAUGGGCAUUGAGUUUAACCCCCGGAUUGGGAAGUGGUUUGACUUUAAGCUUUUCUUCAAUGGACGCCCUGGGAUUGUCGCCUGGACCCUCAUCAACCUGUCCUUUGCCGCUAAGCAGCGGGAGCUCCACGGCCACGUGACCAACUCCAUGAUCCUGGUCAACGUGCUCCAGGCCAUAUACGUGCUGGACUUUUUCUGGAACGAGACCUGGUACCUGAAAACCAUCGACAUCUGCCAUGACCAUUUUGGGUGGUACCUGGGCUGGGGGGACUGCGUGUGGCUGCCGUACCUGUACACGCUGCAGGGCCUGUACCUGGUGUACCACCCCGUGCAGCUGUCUGCACCCUACGCCGCGGGCGUCCUGCUGCUGGGCCUGCUGGGCUACUACAUCUUCCGGAUGGCCAACCACCAGAAGGACCUGUUCCGGCGCACGGACGGCCGCUGCCUCAUCUGGGGCGCGAAGCCCAAGGUCAUCGAGUGCACAUACACGUCGGCCGACGGGCGGAGGCACUUCAGCAAGCUGCUGGUGUCGGGCUUCUGGGGCCUGGCCCGCCACCUCAACUACACAGGCGACCUCCUGGGCAGCCUGGCCUACUGCCUGGCCUGUGGCGGCGGCCACCUGCUGCCCUAUUUCUACAUCAUCUACAUGACCAUCCUGCUGACCCACCGCUGCCUGCGGGACGAGCACCGCUGCGCCAGCAAGUACGGUGGCGACUGGGCGCGAUACACCGCCGUGGUGCCUUACCGCCUGCUGCCAGGAAUCUUCUAGACGCCCAGGGCUGUAGGAGUGUUCGGAGCUGGUCUGGGGGGGACCGACAUCCCAGCUCCACCCUCUAGAAGCCUUUGUCUCCCCUGCAAAAUGGAAAGUGCCCAGCACAAGGCAGGCAUCUCAUAACUGUCCGCGUGUCCCUUCCCCGAGUCCCGAGGGGACUGCAGGGGUCACCGCAGCUGCCUCCUCACCAGCAGAAGUGACCAGUGUUCUCUGUUCAGUGUUCCGAGCGUAGGAGGAUGACUCUGUCCCUUCUGCCAGCUCAUUGAUGUCGGUGACUGUCCCCCAUCGGGGACACCCGGUAGGGCGUAUUCCAGCUUCUGGGUCAGGAGAAGCAGGACGAGGGUGUGCCCAGUGCCAGGUCAUGGCCUUCAGCCCACAGCUGCCAUUACUGCCUGCUCUUGACCGUGGGCUGCUCCGUCAGCGUCUGUCUGCACCGCACACACGACAUUGAACUUGUCAGCAGAGAGGACUGCGGGUCGCUGCACGAGGAAGGGGCUUCUCUCUCUGGGUCCGGGACACCCGUUCGUUUCCGGUGGCUCACUAGUGCCAGGGUUGGGAGGACGCCAGCUAGGGCCCUGAGCUGGGGCCUGACCUGAGGUCCCUGCACCUGCCGAGAUCCCCAGCGCCCGACCCCCUCUGGCAUUUGGCCACCCAACAGCCCGUCCCAGUGACUGCGCACAAACCAGCCCACCAUUCAGGGCCCCCGGUGCCUUCUCCAAUGAGGCCUGUGCCCCGGCCUUGGGAAGGGGUCCCCCUCUCUAGUGUUUUCUUAACCUCGGCCGCUCCCUCAACCCUUGGGAUGCGCGAAACUGUUCCCAUCACUGCCCCAGCAGAAAACAGUUCUUGGUGAUAAAAUUCCCGGUCCGA